AUGGUCUGGGUAAGAAUUGCUAGAUUAAGCAUAUGGUACUAUCAUGAGAGAGCUAUGAUGCGAAUUGCUUCUGCUAUUGGUAAACCCAUAAAGAUUGAUUUAGCGACUAAAUCGGCAGAAAGAGGCAAAUUUGCUCGUGCCUGCGUUCAAGUGAAUCUUGGAUUACCGGUUGUUCAGAAGAUUAUUGUUGAUGGCUAUGAAUAUGAUGUGGAGUACGAAUGCCUGCAGUUGUUAUGUGAGAAAUGCAACUGUUUCGGCCAUACCGCAGUCACAUGCAAGGGAGAGGCAGUAGAUGUUAAGUCCGGGGAUGAGACUCGCAGUGAUGGGGCGGUGUGGAAGGCAACGGAUCUGAGUGGCCAACGCUUAGGAAACCAAAUGGAGAAAUAUUUUGAAUUUGGUAACAAUCCCAAUUUGUCCGCGUCAGUUACGGAUUAUGUGGAGAAAGAUGAGGUUACAUUGCAUGGCAAGGAGGCUAAAAAUGGGCACGUGAUGGAGGAGGAAGGGUGGACUAAAGUAAUAGCUAAGGGAAAAGAAAAAUUGGUCUUUUCAAAAGUAGCCCAAAAUGGUUCAUUGGAAAAGAAGCACUUGGUUUCUACAAAGAAGAUUGGGCUAAGUUCAGGUAAAGGCCCAGUCAUAAAGAAAGAAGAGAAGGCUUUGAUGGGCCAUGGGACAACGACCUUCACUCCUAUAAUCAAGAAUGGCCAUAAGAGGCUGAGACCGGCAUCUCUCCAAAGCUCGCCGGUGCCGCUGAGCAAUGAUGGCGGAGUGGGUCAGCAGCAAUGGAUUUCACCUUCUACGUCACCUAAUGCGAUGGGGAGUGCUCCAGAACAAAUAUCAAUUUUCUUUCCUGGAAUAUUAGAGGGGCUUCUAACAAAUUGGCCCGAGUUCACUGCAAAGAUGAGAGUUUUAGAUGCAGUUGAUCAGUGUAUUAGCCUUGAGAUUCAGAUGGGUGCUUUUUCUAGUUUUUGUAGUGUUGUGUAUGCUAAUCCUCAUGUUCAUUGGCGUAUGAGGUUGUGGAAUGAUUUGAUCAGGAACGAAGUGAGAGGAGGUUCCUUUUAUAAUGCAAGAUCGGAGAAGUUUGCUGAAACCUUGGCUGAAUGUAAUUUGUUUGAUAUGGGGGCUAUUGGGAGAAAUUUUACUUGGUUUCAAAAGGUGAAAGGAGGGCUGCAGGUAGCAAAAAAAUUGGAUAGAGCGGUGAUCAAUCAAGAGUGGCGCCUUUUAUUCCCGGAGGCAUAUAAUGAGGUGUUAGCGCGUCUUCAUUCUGAUCAUUGCCCCUUGCUCAUUAGAUGCAAGAAGGAGGGGACUGCUAAGAAAGCUUGGAGUAAAGGAGCCCCAGAUGUUAUUAAGAGUUUGCUUGAAGUCCAAAAGGAUGCGCUUAAUUUCAAUAAAGAGAUUUUUGGAAAUGUGUUUAUUAAAAAGAGGGAGCUUGAAAGACAACUAAAUGAUAUUCAAGUGUCUCUGGAAAGAUGGGAAGACCCGGAGCAGCAGAUUAAAGAGCAAGGCGAAAAAGGAACAAGAUUCAUGAAUUGUUUCUUGAAGAUGGCACUUGGUCUUCUGAGGGCGACGGUUUUGGAAUCGGAAACAAAUUCUUUCUUUCAAAAACUUUUCUCUACAAGGGAGGCAGUUAAUUUGGAUGCCAUGGGGAAAUUCCCUUGUCCUUCUCUUAGUAGAGAGGCCUGCCAAAAGCUUGUUGAACCAGUAGCUCUUGAAGAGGUGAAAAGAGCUGUGUUUGGCAUGAAUUCUUUCAAGGCUUCGGGUUCAGAUGGAUUUCAAGCUCUCUUUUAUAAAGAAUUUUGGGAAUCUCUUAGCAGUGAUGUGUGGGGCUUAGUGAAGAAAGCUUUUGCAGGUGAGAACAUCAGUGUGGCUGUGUUUGACACAUUCAUUGUUCUGAUCCCCAAAGUUGAAGCUCCGUCUUACCUGAAAUAUUUUCGUUCUAUUAGUUUAUGUAAUGUGAUUUACAAAAUCAUUACAAAAGUCCUUGUUAAUAGGUUUUGUCCUUUCCUUUCUGAGAUCAUUGGACUGUUUCAGGGUGGUUUUAUUCCAGGGAGAGGAACAACGGAGAAUAUAAUAAUUGCGCAAGAAAUAAUGCAUUUCAUGAGGAAAACCAAGUCGAAGAAGGGUUCUAUGGCAUUUAAGAUUGAUCUUGACAAAGCCUAUGACAGAGUAGACUGGAGAUUCCUUGAAACUUCCUUGAUCAAAGUUGGUUUUCCUGUGGCUACUAUUAAUCUUAUCAUGACUUGUGUGACUUUGUCCUUUUUGUCUAUUCUGUGGAAUGCAACAAAAACUCAGGUGACAGAGGUUAUGAAGACACUGGAUAUGUUUACUCAAGCGUCGGGACUGAAGGUGAAUAUCCAUAAAUCUAAGGCUCAAUGUUCCAAGAAUGUUUCAGUGAGAAGAAAAGAGGUGCUUUCAGGGAUUUCUAGUAUCCAAUUUUGUCAAGAUCUGGGAAGAUAUUUGGGAGUUAAUAAUGGUCAUGAUAGGGCUUCUAGGAAGAUGGCACAGGAGGUCAUUGACAAGAUACAGAGAAAACUUGCUAGUUGGAAAGGGUGCUUGCUUAACAAGGCAGGCAGACUUUGUCUUGUGAAUGCGGUGAUGGCUUCUAUUCCGGUUUACAAUAUGCAAGUUUCCCUUCUUCCGAAGUAUGCGUGCGACAAGAUUGAUUCUUUGAUGCGUCAGUUCUUAUGGAAAGGUCAAGCGAAUGGGAGAAUGGGAGAGGGUUGCCGUUGGUCAAGUGGGACAUUGCUAUAA